ACAUCUCCCCCACCACCACGCCACGCAUCGGCACUCCACCAGCCCUACCGCCGUUCAUUAAUAACUGCCGCAGAGACACACGCAGGCAUUAGAACUAUCUCUCCCAGCACAAGCGAAGCAACCAGGCCGAAAUAAUAUCCACAAUUCGCCCCAGUCUGUCCCUGUUCACUGCGACACAGCCCGCCGCGGCUCCUCUCCCGAUCCUGGCUUGAAUACCCACUUCUGAUACCAUCCGCCGUCGCAAGCAAUCGCCGCAGCCAACGAAAUGGACCAUCAGCCAUCCACGCCGACGCACGCCCGUCCCGGCGCACGCUCUCGCGGUUCGCGAACAUUCUCCUACCGCAGCGACAAGAGCAAUGGAUCCCGGAAGGAGGAUCUGACCGAGUCGCCCAAGGAUAAGCAGCGCCGCGACAGCAUUUGGAAGAGCACCAGCAAGGCGAAUCCAAACGCCGCUAUCACCGAAGCUCAACCAGGAGUCAACGCUGUCCUCGAAGAAAGCACCCUCACCUCCUUGCGCGGCGUCCAACACAAAGAUGUCGACGGCAAUCCUAUCACCGAUCCCGACUUGUCGAACCCAACCCGCCCGCGUCUGGAAAGACCGCUAGACACGAUUCGGUCAUUUGAAAAGGCGAUUGAUCAAGGAUACAAACGUCGCUCUAGUUACGUGCGCGCCGAAUCCGACUCAAAUGUGCAUCAAGACGGGCACAACAGGAGAAUCAGUGGCUAUGGCUACGAUGCUGGUCCACAGCAACCACGACAGAUGAACGGCGGUUACUACGGCGAACAGCGCCCAGGCCAAUACGGCAAUGGGCCUGCACGCCGAUACCCAACUUCUCGCAUGAGCUCCGAACCCAUGACGUACGGUCAGCGACCAUACGGCCAGCACGCAUACCAGCAUUCUGCAGACACAAUGGCAACCGGCGGUUCCGACAGUACUGGUCAAUGGGCCAACAGCACCGAUCCAAGCAGCGAGAACAGCUCGAUCGACCGAGCUGCCGCGGCAGCACGUCCAUACAAUGAGAAUGGAUACCCACAACCCGGAUACCCUCAAAACAAUGGCUACGGACCCAAUGGGUUUCAAGGAUCAAUUCCAGAAGAUGGCGCAUAUCCCAUGCGCGGCGGUCCUGCUCCAAAUCAAGCUCCGCAACGCCGUCCGAUCGCACUCGGCAACUCCGGCGACGCGCCUCCGCCAUCUUCCCUCCCAUCCAGCAAGCGCCCUGCAGAGCCAGAGAAGAAGAAGGGCUGGUUGAGUCGCCGCUUUAGCAAGAGAGGAUGA